GGGGCUCCUUCCGGCGGGGCGGGGCGGAUGGCGGGCGCGGGGCGGCCCGUGCCCACGUGCCUGCUGCUGGGAGCGGCGGGCGGCGGCAAGAGCCUGCUGGCGCGGCGGCUGCGUCAGCUGAGCGCCGAGGAGGGUCCCGCGGGGCUGGGCGACCCCCCGGCCACGCUGCCCACGGUGGGCACCAACCUGACCGACCUGCGGCUGCCACGGAAGGCGACGGUGCGGGAGCUGGGCGGCUGCAUGGGGCCCAUCUGGCCCAGCUACUACGGCGAGUGCAGUGCACUCAUGUUCGUGGUGGACGCCGCCAACCCCAGCCAGGUCUCCAACUCCUGCGUCCAGCUGCUCUCCGUCCUCUCCGCCGCGCAGCUCGCCUCCGUGCCCGUGCUCGUCCUCUUCAACAAGAUUGACCUGCCCUGCUACAUGUCGCUGGCGGAGAUGAAGUCACUGUUCCGCAUGCAGGACAUCGUCUCCUGUGCCACGCAGCCCAUCACCAUGCUGGAGACCAGCGCCCGCGACGGCACCGGCCUGGCCGACGUCCUGCAGUGGCUUCGGGCUGCCCUCGGAGACCCCCGUUGACCCUGACCCCGUGGCAGCUCAGGCGAGUCCCGUCACCGACAGCGGUGGCCGGCGAGUAGCUGCCCUGAGCGGGGCCAGGAUCGGGGCCCAGCAUGGCGUCACGGGACAGGACAUCUGUGGGACUUGUCAGUAAAACUUCCACUGUACUGUCCAGGCUGGCAG